GUCGCACGGGCAUUCGUGCGCGCGUUGUUAUGAACUCUGAACUUGCUCCAACCCAUACUUAGCAAGUCGGUUUUGGAAGUGCUGUGUGGUUGAUACGUGAAAAUGGUUUCAGAAAACAUCUUAGCAGAUCUUUUGAAUCGUUUUCUCGGAGACUAUGUCGAAAAUUUGGACCAAUCUCAGUUGCAAAUUGGAAUAUUUGUAGGUGACGAUGUCCUGACAGAUUUAAUUUUAAAACCAAGUGUACUCCAUGAGUUAAAUUUGGCGGUGAAAAAACCAAUUAGAAGUAAUGAAGUGCUAUAUCAUGAUCGAAAUAUGCUGGUUCCUGGUGGGAACGCCAAACAGGAGUCAGUGUACUAUUUGCCAACAAGAGGACAUCGGAAAAAUGCCAAGGCGCAUGCAAUAAAUGUAAGAAGCCUGACAAUGAAGGAAAAUGUAACCUCGUCUUUGCAAAUGCAGUUGUUUAUAGUAAUUGGUGGCAAUCCUAUUUCUUGCUAA